UGGUACUGGCAGCAGCCAGCCUCUGCUGUGCCCACAUGACCCACAACUCUGGCAGCGGACCCGGCACUUCCAACAUUAUUAAAUAAUAAGAAAGCGGCUCCUACUCCAUGCCCAGACCUCCCUGCAGACCAAUGGACACCUUCUAAGAGUUUGGCGAGUCGGUGACUGAGACGCCCGUCCAUUCCAAGAUAAAUAGGAUUUACCAGUCCCUGGAUGACGUGCUUGGGGAGUCAUUAAAUGCCAUAACCUACCAUCAUUUCAAAGAAGAGAAAAUAGAUGGUUUUGGAAAGUUCAUGCUAUUUCUUCACUGAAUUUUAGAAUGAUUGAAGAUAGUGGGAAAAGAGGAAAUACCAUGGCAGAAAGAAGACAGCUGUUUGCAGAGAUGAGGGCUCAAGACCUGGAUCGUAUCCGACUGUCCACCUACAGAACAGCCUGCAAGCUUAGGUUUGUUCAGAAGAAAUGCAAUUUGCAUCUGGUGGACAUUUGGAAUGUCAUAGAAGCAUUGCGGGAAAAUGCUCUGAACAACCUGGACCCAAACACAGAACUCAAUGUGGCCCGCUUGGAGGCUGUGCUCUCCACCAUUUUUUACCAACUCAACAAACGGAUGCCAACCACUCACCAAAUCCACGUGGAGCAGUCCAUCAGCCUCCUGCUUAACUUCCUGCUGGCAGCCUUUGAUCCGGAAGGCCAUGGUAAAAUUUCAGUAUUUGCUGUCAAAAUGGCUUUAGCCACCUUGUGUGGAGGGAAGAUCAUGGACAAAUUAAGAUAUAUUUUCUCAAUGAUUUCCGACUCCAGUGGGGUGAUGAUUUAUGGACGAUACGACCAAUUCCUUCGGGAAGUUCUCAAACUACCCACAGCCGUUUUUGAAGGUCCUUCAUUUGGUUACACAGAACAGUCAGCUAGAUCCUGUUUCUCCCAACAGAAAAAAGUCACAUUAAAUGGUUUCUUGGACACACUCAUGUCAGAUCCUCCCCCGCAGUGUCUGGUCUGGUUGCCUCUCCUGCAUCGACUGGCAAACGUAGAAAAUGUCUUCCAUCCGGUUGAGUGUUCCUACUGCCACAGCGAGAGUAUGAUGGGAUUUCGCUACCGAUGCCAACAGUGUCACAAUUACCAGCUCUGUCAGGACUGCUUCUGGAGGGGACAUGCUGGUGGUUCCCAUAGCAACCAGCACCAAAUGAAAGAGUACACGUCAUGGAAAUCACCUGCUAAGAAGCUAACUAAUGCAUUAAGCAAGUCCCUGAGCUGUGCUUCCAGCCGGGAACCUUUGCACCCCAUGUUCCCAGAUCAGCCUGAGAAGCCGCUGAACUUGGCUCACAUCGUGCCUCCCAGACCUGUAACCAGCAUGAACGACACCCUGUUCUCCCACUCUGUUCCCUCCUCAGGAAGUCCUUUUAUUACCAAGAGGUUACCUGAGGGGAUAAGUGCAUCCAGCCCCGUGGCUGAAGAGCACUCGCUCAUAAGGCUGUAUGCACAUCAGCUUGACCACGGCUCACGCUCUCCUCCCAAGGACAGUGAAGCAGAGCAGAACAAACUGCUGGCUAGGGCUGCUCCAGCUUUUCUGAAGGGCAAAGGGAUACAAUACAGCCUGAAUGUGGCAGACAGGCUGGCUGAUGAACAUGUUCUCAUCGGGUUGUAUGUCAACAUGCUCCAGAACAACCCAUCAUGUAUGCUUGAGAGUUCAAACCGGCUUGAUGAAGAACACAGGUUGAUCGCCAGGUAUGCAGCAAGACUGGCAGCAGAGUCCUCCUCGUCUCAGCCAGCUCAGCAAAGAAGUGCUCCUGACAUCUCCUUCACCAUUGAUGCAAAUAAGCAACAAAGGCAGCUCAUUGCAGAACUAGAGAACAAGAACAGAGAAAUCUUACAGGAGAUCCAGAGACUGAGGCUAGAGCAUGAACAAGCUUCUCAGCCCACACCCGAGAAGGCGCAGCAGAACCCCACCCUGCUGGCAGAACUCCGGCUCCUCAGCGCAAGGAUGAGCUGGAACAGAGAAUGUCUGCUCUCCAGGAGAGCCGGAGAGAGCUAAUGGUCCAGUUAGAAGGGCUCAUGAAGCUACUAAAGGAAGAAGAGCUGAAGCAGGGAGUAAGUUAUGUCCCCUACUGCAGGUCUUAACUAACAGUGGAGGGGCCUGCCGUCCUGCCGUUUUUCUCAUUGCUUUUGCCUCUAAUGUAUGUUCAUGCUUCAGUUUGGAAAGAGAAAAGAAAAUCAUACUAAUUUGCUUCCUUUUCAAUGUAGUGCUUGAAUUGAAAUAUAUAAACUACAGCAUUUUUUAUAACUAUCACUAUUGUCGGCAUCAAAAGGAGAGCUGUUACAUCUUUUAGAAGAGGGAACAAAUUGUAAUUUGUUAAAAACUAUUUAGAUCCCCAGGGGUGUAAGUUUCAAAGCAGUCUUAUGCUUUUAGAGGUUGCUGAUCACACCCUUCCGUUAAUAGAAAGACACCCCCACAGUCACGAGAGCUACACCAAGAUUCACGUUAUCGCAAAGCCCACGGCACACAGAAGCUAACCUCUACCUCCUCUCCUGUCAUGAACAUGCAUUUCAGUUUCCAUUUUACUGAAAAGGUGUGGAACCCUUUUUUAAAAAUAAAAAUCAGGCAAUUAAAUCUCGUCCCAUCACAUAACUAUGAAGUCCUGUCCUCCACUGCUCACCAAACUGUGCUCAAUCUUGUGAGAGAAAGAUUGUACUCAGUAACUGUUUACUUCCCAUCUUUCUGGUUCUUCCUCAAAGCAGAAUACCUACUGUUGAUUGACAAUAAUCUUAAAGAAUAGGUCACUUUCAGUCUUUCUUUUUAUCACCAAGAACCUUUCUGCUCUGGGAGUUCACCAAGUCAUCACAUACAUUUUUAUUUUUUUCUGGAAAUAGGGACAUUAUGACUAUCUAACCACAGCCUAAACUGGAGUCAUGUCUGACUAAUUUCAAGUGCACGUACCAAGCUGUGUAUGACAGUGUACCCCACUCACUAGAGUUAUUAAAAAGUUUCCAUUGAUCAGUUAGAAACAGCCUGUCCAAUUUCAGCGUAUCUUUUAAUUCUUCUGUAUGCUCUUUUCUAUUAUUCAUUGUGUGUGUUUGUGUGUAACAAAAAAUGUUUGCAAAAUGCUGGACACAUUUUUACCCUUCAUUCCCACCGUCUGUAAAAAAGGAAAGUGUGAAACCAAUCUGUAAUGUCAGACAAUAAAGACAAUGUAUUACAUUAUUUUGUAUUUUGUGAAAAAAAUUACUGAAGUCAAAUUUUAACAUGAGACAGUCCCUCCACAACAUUUACAGCCUGUAUAAUUGCUCAUAAAUCCAUACAUGGAGUUUUACUAUUGUACUUACAACACACUUAGAUCAUGGUAGAGAAAAUCCCUUUCUCGUGGUACUUCUCUUUGCAAAUGCCCUCUUCUCUUCCCUGUCUCUUACUUAGCAUGUGCAUGGAAAAAGGCAAUAGGAAUCAAAUAAAACCCUCCUCCUAGUGGAUGAGGAAAUUCACAAACCAGUGAUGUGCAGAGCCAAAGCCUGGCAGUGCCCGCAAGGCGCCACCACUGCCCUCACCUUCCAGCUCCUCACCACAUAGGAGGGUCAGCCAGCAGUGGGACUGCAGUGCAGGGACCUAAAGGCCAUCAGUCCCCACCACCCGCAGGUCAGCGGUGCGUCGCAUCCUCUGGGUGGAGGGAGCGUUUGUCGAUUUCACUAAUUUACUUGCUGGAUUUAUACUCAAGCCUCUUUUCAAAAAGGACCUGAGGCAGCUUACAGCAAAAGAUAUAAACAGUGGCUCUUCAAAAUUGAAAUAGAAAAAUCAAAAACUAAAGGAAAGAAAAUGCAGAUAUGCUAAUCAUACGGGGCAUACAAUCAUGUCAGCUUUCUGGCAAGGCAGAAAAAAAGAGAAUAUAUAAUCAGUAGUUUUAUCAGUGCAGAAAUACCACUUCUCAGGGGACAAAAAUUUAUGUUGGCAUAAAAUAUAAAAGAAAGUCUUCACUCAGAGCUCUACAGAAGGAGUACUGAAUAAUAAAAAGGGAAAAUGCAGUCGUAGAUUUUAUGUGGCUGUUUCUUAUACUGACCUUCAGUCAAAAUUAAAGACAGAACCCCAUAAAUUCCAGUUCUAUGGAGGCAGUUCUACAAGGAAAUAAACAAAUGCCAUUCAAAUAUACAGACUUCUCAUGGUAUACAUGAUCUAAGGAGAGAAUUUAGAGGUUUUAGACUGGCAUCUGCUUCUAAAUUCUGUUUUUAUUUAUGAGCCUUUCCCCUUCGGGGGCAUUCUCUUUGAAUAUCAAACUGGAAACACUCCACACAACAAAUUGUGCUUGAUUUAAUAACCUCUACUUGCUUUAUCAUAAGUCUGUGUGGUUCAAUGCAGUGUUUUAUUAUACUGGUAUAUAUAAUUCCUACCUAUACUGUUUCUUGUUAGAAGUAAUGCAUGAAUUUAUCCCCCUUGAGGAGAGAACAUGACUUUAAAAAAAAAAAAACAGUGCCUGUAAUAUAAUGUGAUGAUUAUGGUAUCACAAGCAAUAAAUUUUUUUACAAAACUUGAA